AUGGCCUUGAACAACAACGGUAGUGUCGAUGCAUACGAGAUCUUUCGCGACCUUGAUUGGCUUCCCUUUCGUGCGGGAUUAAAUGAGACUCGAGAUGACUCCGAGUCAGCACGCACAGGAACGACGAGAGGCAACACAGUUGAGCUGCAACAGCUUGGAAUUCCACUCACACCGCAGUCGCCGUCUAUGCCAUCAGUCUCGCCCCAAUCCUCGCGCCCUCGAGGACCAGAGGGCAUUGAUGGCUCUGGCGAGCCACCAGAUAGCUCGAACGAUGCUACUUCUGCCAUGCAGGACCCGAGAGAUCGCUCUAUGAUUACCCUCAGCGGCGUUCUCGGAGCUGGACUCUAUGUGCGAAGCGGUUCGAUCUUACGAUUUGGGGGCCCCGGUGCCGUGCUCAUAUCCUUCACCGUCAUGGGGCUACUCGCUUGGACGGUGAUGCAAUGCAUCGGUGAGAUGCUGACUCUAUGGCCAAUACCCGGUGCACUGGUGGAAUACGUCGGAGCCUUUGUCGACGAGGACUUGGGUAUUGCGGUCGGCAUUGCAUAUUGGUUCACUUAUUCAAUCAUCUUUGCGGCGCUAAUUGUGGCGGGGGCCGGUGUGCUUGAUUUUUGGGAUCCGGGCAAAAGUAUUGAGGGGACAGUGAUGUUUUUCCUAGUUCCAUUAUGUAUCAUCUUCUUCAACAGCUUUGGAGUCCAGAUUUAUGGAUUAUCAGAGGUAAUCGGAGGCUCUCUGAAAAUCAUUGGCAUAUGCGUGGUGAUUGGUAGUAUGAUUGCGAUCAACGCUGGGGCUGGAAAGGAGGGCCAUAUUGGUACAGAUUAUUUCAAAUACGACACCAUCUUCCCCCAUGAUCCAGCGAUUGGUAGUUCUUGGGCAUCUGCCUUGUUUAUUGCAUUCUCUAUCGCAGCCUUCGCCUACAUCGGUGUCGAUAUCACAGCCGCCAUUGCCCUUGAAGCUCGUCUGGACAGCAAAAGUCCACAGGGUAAAAAAAGUAUUUGGCCUACCUUAUCGGUCCGAUUCGUCGCAACAUGGACAACGUUUAUCAUCUGGGUUAUCUACUUCUUUGCAGGAAUAAUGCUUAGCUUCAACGUUCAGUGGCAAGAUCCUGAUCUCCCUCGCGAAUCAUUCCUCGGAUCCCCGGCCACCCGUACCAAUAACAACCAGAUUAAGAGCAACUCUGGGUUCGUCAUUAGUGCAUCGCACUCGGAGAUUCCCGGACUUGAUACUCUGGUCGCAGUGAUUAUCCUUGUAACCGUGAUCUUUUCGGCAAACACAAACCUAUACGUCGCCUCGCGAUCGCUUUUUGUUCUCACCCGCAAAAUCCACAGCGAUGACAAGUGGUACUUGCAGGCUAUGGCAUUCUUUGGAAAGACGAAUCGUUACUAUGUGCCAGUCAGGGCGAUGUUGCUCUCGUGUUGUUUUCUGUGGGUGCCGUUUCUGUACCUUUCGCCGCAUAACUCGCCCAAUACCACUAUUACCAGUUUACUUGAGAUCCUUUCCCAAAUGGGCUCAGUGAGCUGCAUUAUAGUUUGGGCUUGUGAAUGCUGGGCAUUCGUCCGGUUUUAUAACUGUCUCUACAAACACCGUGACAAAAUCAACAGCUCCCCCUCCUUGGCACGACUUCGUCGCUUUCCUCAGGCUGCAGAAGACUUUUACCCCUGGCGCUCCCACGGUCAGCCGAUUACCAUGAACCUCGCGCUUUUCGGCUGCCUUUUCGUCCUCAUUAUCGCUGAUGGUGCUGCGCUGUGGCACGGCUUUUUAGUCAAUGAUUUUCUCUCUGCUUAUCUUGCCCCACCCUGCUUCGUUGUCCUCUGGUUUGGAAUCAAAUAUCUGCGCUGGAGAAGUCUCAAACUGCAUCUCAAGGAUCUGUCAGAUUUUGAGGAGGCUAAGCUGAGCUUUCGCUACCUGAAUGAGAUUGGGGAGAGAGCUUCUAUGAGGGUCCAACCGCAACAGCCACGCGGAUGGGGAAAUCUAUGGGGCUUAAUGUAA